AUGACGGAAGUACAAUUGCAAGAGUUUAAACUAGACCCUGAUUCCGAAUUGAGGUUCGAAGUGGAAUCGAAGAAUGAAAAAGUUGUGUUAGAGGUCAAGAGUGGUUAUGCAGAGUUGUUUGGCACUGAAUUGGUAAAAGGAAAGCCUUAUGAGUUCCAUACGGGUGCCAAAGUAGCUGUGUUCACAUGGCAUGGUUGCACUGUCGAGUUACGAGGGAAGACUGAAGUCAGUUAUGUGGCUAAAGAAACACCUAUGGUGGUCUACCUUAAUGUCCAUGCAGCCUUGGAACAACAGAGGGUAGCAGCUGAGCAGGAGUCCACACGAGGACCAGUCACAAUGGUUGUUGGACCAGGAGAUGUUGGAAAGUCCACACUAACGAGGAUACUACUCAACUAUGCAGUCAGAAUGGGCCGCAGACCCAUUUACGUGGAUCUUGAUGUGGGGCAGGGGUCUAUUAGUACCCCUGGCACUGUUGGUGCAUUGCUAGUAGAAAGGCCAGCAUCUAUCGAAGAAGGCUUCAGUCAGCAGGCACCGUUAGUUUACCACUUUGGUUAUAGCCACCCUGGAGAAAACCUAGAGUUAUAUAACACCAUAGUGUCCAGGCUAGCUGAGGUUAUCGCUGAGAGAUGUGAAAAUAACAAAAAAGCAUCAACAUCUGGGGUCAUAAUCAACACUUGUGGCUGGAUUAAAGGUUCAGGAUAUAAAGUGCUGAGUCAUGCUGCACAAGCUUUCGAGGUCGACGUUAUAUUGGUUCUGGACAACGAGAGGCUUUACAAUGAAUUAAAGAGAGAUAUGCCAAAGUUCGUCAAAGUGGUGUAUCUUCCCAAGAGUGGUGGCGUUGUGGAGCGGUCAUCGACACAACGCGCCGAGGCAAGAGACGCUCGUAUCCGCGAAUAUUUCUAUGGGAAACGAACCCCUUACUAUCCUCAUUCCUUCGACGUCAAGUUUAGUGAUCUUAAAAUAUACAAGGUGGGGGCGCCGUCUCUGCCGUCGUCGUGCAUGCCGCUGGGCAUGCGCGCGGAGGACGCGCUCACCAAGCUGGUGACGGUGUGGCCCUCGCCCGCGCUGCAGCACCGCCUGCUCGCCGUGUCCUUCGCCGCCGGCCCCGAGGACGACGUGCUGCACUCCAACCUCGCGGGCUUCGUCUGCGUGACGGCAGUAGACAUGGACCGUCAGAUGAUAACGAUCCUGUCCCCGCAGCCACGUCCACUGCCCAACACCGUGCUGCUGCUGUCGGAGCUGCAGUACAUGGACAACCAUUAG